AUGGGCAAAGGCACGGACAAGCUCUAUAUCACGCACUCGGAGUGGUCUUCGGCAGACGCUUUCUCCCCCAGUGUCGGUGCAGGCGCGUCUCGCAAUCAACAAGCCAGCGCUUCCUUUCGUCGACUUCCCUUCAACUUUUGUGCCGCGAGCCUCCAACCUUUCAAGAACCCAGUUUGUACACUGGAUGGAACAAUUUUUGACGUGGAAGUCAUUGGCGCAUGGCUCGAGAAGCAUCCCAAUCAGAACCCCGUCACUGGAGAGCCUCUGCAGAAAAAGGAUUUGAUUCGCCUGAACUUCGCCCGAAAUUCAGAGUCAGACUCACUUGGUGCCGGGCUGAGUGACGGGAAAGGCGAUUUGAUUGACCCAGUUACGUACAAGGUGUUCACUGACAACACACACAUCGUUGCUAUUCGCCAUGGCUCCUACGCCAACGUAUUUGCUUGGGAUACAGUCGAUCGCAUGAACAUUAAGGCCAAAUCGUGGCGCGACUUGGUUGACGACGAAGAGUUCACUCGCGCCGAUAUCAUCACUCUACAAGACCCCCAGAAUGCGGCGAGCCGUAACUUGGACCAGUUCAAGUUUCUGAAAGAGGGACACGAGGCGCAAUUAACAAAAGAGCAGGAAGAAGAGCGGAACGCUGGCAGCAUCAACUCUAGUGCUCUGGGAAGCAUGGGCGAUAAAGUUUCACGCGCCAAAGCGGCAGUGGAAAAGGCGCGCAAAGCUCGCGAGCAGGGCGGCGAUGUUAACCGCAGCUCGGUCACUUCAACAAAACUCACGGCUGCUGGCAACAUUAUCCGUCAGUCCAUGAUCAAGGACAAGAAACUGGCUGCCAACUCUGCUAUAUACACAACCGGCAAAGCCGCAGCUAGUUUUACUAGCACAAGCUUAACGCCCGAGACGAGUGGCGAGAGAGCCCUGCUUUCGGAUGAGGAGUAUAUGUUGAAACCCAGGCGCGUUAAGACUACUGGCUUUGCUAGGAUUGAAACAAAUUUAGGCGAUCUGACAAUUGAGUUAUAUCCAGAGUUUGCUCCAAAGGCUGUCUGGAAUUUCAUCAGGUUAUCCCAAACAGGUUACUACAAAGGUGUGGCCUUUCACCGAAAUAUUCCCAACUUCAUGAUUCAAGGGGGUGAUCCUUCGGGAAGUGGUCGAGGUGGGCAGAGCAUUUGGGGCAAGUAUUUUGAUGAUGAGUUCGAUGGUCCCAUGUCGCACAAUGGCCGCGGAACCAUCUCCAUGGCCAACAAGGGCAAAAACACGAACUCGAGCCAGUUCUUCAUCGCCUACAAACCAACCCCUCACCUUGACCGUAAACAUACAGUAUUUGGAAAGGUCGUCGAAAAUCUGAACGUAUUAUCAAAAAUGGAAAAUGUCCCUACCGAUGGUUCUAACCGUCCCCUCAACAAGAUCGUUAUGAAGGAUGUUGUGAUCCUCCUUGAUCCAUUCGCCCAAUUUCAAAAGCAGAAACACGAAAACGAGCUCCAAGCAAAGGAGCAGGAGAAGAUCCGGCUGCAAGGUGGCACAGACGAUGACAAGACGACAUGGGCCGGUAAACGUAUACGAAACGAUGGCAGCAUCGAAAGUACAAGCUCUGGAGGAGGUGUUGGCAAGUACCUGAAGGCUGCCGGUCAACAGGGCGCAACAACAAACACAGAAGCAGGCUUGAGGGAUGUUGAAACAUGGGAGGAGCCAGCACGCAAAAAGAUGAAAGGGGGUGGCUUUGGCAAUUUCGAUAAUUGGUAA